GGAUACUUUGCGCCUUUAAAUAUCAAUUUCCGCAAGUCUGUAGACACUCCCACCUCGACGUAUAUAAACAGUUUAGGUUUCAUCAAUGGACUAGUAGAAAAACAGAUAGGAGACUAGUUAGAUCAUUCAGCGUCUUCUUGCUGUGUGUGCGUGUCCGUCUUGUGUUUUGCACCGCCUUGCAUGCAUGCCUUUUGUGCUGAAAAGUAGGACAAGUGGUGUUUGGUUUGGUGUUCGCUGUGGCGGUCAGACAGACUGGCUGACAAGCCUUUCUCAAAGCAGGUGAAAAUGGACACAAGCUGACACGAGCAAACCAAUGGAGCCAAGCGAGACCACCGACGAGCGGAGUCUCAUCCGAGUCUCUGCGCACUCGAACACCAACAGUCCAGAAACGGCUGAAGAACCUACUGACGCAGUAGAUGGAUGUAAGGGUGAAACUCACUCUUUUGUCUACGUGUUGGCAUUCUUCUCUGCACUGGGUGGCUUUCUGUUUGGAUAUGACACCGGGGUGGUGUCAGGGGCGAUGCUCCUACUCAAGAAAGAGAUGAACCUUAAUGCGCUAUGGCAAGAAUUGCUUGUCUCUAGCACAGUGGGCGCCGCGGCGCUGUCGGCGCUGGCUGGCGGCUACCUGAAUGGACUGUACGGGAGAAGAGUGUGCAUCUUGCUGGCAAGUUUUAUUUUCGCUGUCGGUGGCCUUGUAUUAAGUGUAGGUCCCAACAAAGAGGUGAUUCUUCUUGGGAGGCUGACUGUUGGACUUGGAAUAGGUAUUGCCUCAAUGACUGUACCUGUGUACAUCGCUGAGGUGUCUCCACCACAUCUCAGGGGAGAGCUUGUCACCCUCAACACCCUGUUCAUCACUGGCGGCCAGUUUAUCGCCAGCCUCGUAGACGGGGCUUUCAGCUACCUGCACCACGAUGGCUGGAGGUACAUGUUGGGCCUGUCUGUGUUGCCGGCGGUGAUUCAGUUCGUGGGCUUCCUUUUCCUGCCGGAGAGUCCUCGCUGGCUCCUCCAGAAGGGGCAAUCCCAGAAGGCCUUGCAGGUGCUGGGCCAGAUCCGCGGAACGAUGGACGUGGACGAGGAAUACAACGCCAUUAUGACCACCGUCGAAGAGGAGAUGGCUUCAGCAGGAGAUGGUCCAGUCCUGUGUCGGAUCCUCAGCAGUCCCCCUGCACGCCGGGCCCUGAUAGUGGGAUGUGGUCUUCAAAUGAUCCAACAGCUCUCUGGCAUCAAUACAGUGAUGUAUUACAGUGCCACCAUUCUGCAGAUGGCUGGCGUGCGCGAUGACAAGAUGGCAAUCUGGCUGGCGGCCGGCACAGCAGGCACUAACUUCCUGUUCACGCUGGUGGGGGUGUGGCUUGUGGAGAGGGUAGGGCGUCGGAAGCUGACGUUGGGCAGUAUUGUUGGUACUGCUUUGAGUUUGGGCGUGCUGGCUGUUGGGUUUCUACUGUCUGCCCAGACGUCUCCGCCGGUCACGCUGCAUCCUGUGGACCCUGCCCUGAACUCCUCCUGCACACAGUACAGGUUCUGUGAACCCUGCAUGCUUGACCCAGACUGUGGGUUUUGCUACGUUGAGAACGGCACGUCUGUGUUUGAUACGUCUUGCAUACCUGUCAAUCAAGCCAAGCCAGAGGAAGCCGCUAUGGGAAGGUGUUCUAAUGUGUCUCAGGAGCAGAAUUCGGGGAUGUUUUGGGCGUAUAAUUAUUGUCCUACUCGCUACUCUUGGAUUGUCCUGUUUGGACUCAUUCUGUACCUGGCCUUCUUUGCUCCAGGUAUGGGACCCAUGCCAUGGACCGUCAACUCUGAGAUCUACCCUCUGUGGGCAAGGAGUACUGGAAACGCCUGCUCCGCAGGGGUCAACUGGACCUGCAACGUCUUGGUGUCUCUGACGUUCUUGCACGUGGCUGAAUACCUCACAUACUACGGAGCGUUCUUCCUGUACUCUGGGUUGGCCUUGCUGGGCUUCGUCUUCAUCCUCUGCUGCCUGCCGGAGACCAAAGGGCUGCGUCUGGAGGACAUGGAGGGCUUGUUCAGCCAGCAGCUGUGUACCUGUGGAGACGCCGCGGCCUCCGCGCACACACACUAUACCAGGGUAAACGGCGGCAACUUCAACUCUGAGAGUGAUGAAGAAUCGGAUGACUAGUUGGCCUUGUCAGAGAAGGGCUGGCUGGCUGGCUUGGUGGCUGGUCUUCACUCUUCUUCUGUCCUUUUUCUUUUGGACACUCUGGGUGACUCUUGGAAGAUUCGGAUGUCUAGUUGCCUUGAGAAGGGCUGGCUUGGUGGCUGGCUGGCUUGGUGGCUGGUCUUCACUCCUCUGUCCUCCUUGGACACUCUGGAGGGCACGUGGAUGGUAGAGGAGGUGGUUCUGGUGUGGGGGACCUUGAGACGCUCCCUUAUAGAAUGGGCCAUGGUUCUAACUGGGUUCUGUUGGUGUGAAUGGGUGAUUUAGGGUGCAUUCCUAAACUGCCACUCUGUGAGUGUGACUGCUCCAGGCACACACUACUAGUAGAUUCAAACUAGGCAAUACAUUCCCAUUGUCUAUCUUGUUAGUCUAGCACAGGGGUGGGGAACCUUUUUCAUUCGAGGGGUCACUUCAGAUUCCUCCCAAGGGCCAUAAAAGUCCUCCAAGGGCCAUACAAUGCACACAAACCAAGAUUUUCCCCUGUAUAUUGAAGGCAUCCACCUUCAAAACAGACCCCAUCUUCUCUAGACCCCCUGAAUAUAACUUAAUUGUAUUGAAAAUGUAAUUUCUAUGAGUCCUUUACAAAAUAUUUCAUAUUUCAUGUGAGGCUGCAUAACAUUAAAAUUAUAUGGGGGGCCGGAUAAAACAGCCUUGGGGGCCAUAAAUGGCCCUCGAGACAUAGGUUCCCAACCCCUGGUCUAGCGGAAUGCUCAUCUUUUUUUCCUAUUCAAACCAUAAUGUGUUAUUUUAUUUACGGAGCAUCUUAUUUUAUGUAUGAACGCCCCUUAACCGGGCGAAUAGACCGGGCGCGACAUGAACGAGGCGAGCGACGGAAGUAAUUGACUUUGUAUUUAGUCGCGCGACAAAAGCGAUUCUGGAGACUAGAGGAGCAACAGUUUGUAGUUGAACCAGAGAUGGUUUCUAAAGGAGCAACAGUAUCUCUGGUUGAACUCCUGGGAAUGUUAUGGAAAAUGGAAAUGAGCUAUGAUGCGGUUCGGCGACAAGGCGCCACAGCCAAUGACUGUAUAGAGGUCAGUAACCACAGCCAAUUGGAAUGUUGGAAUGCUUGCGUUCUGCUUUCAACCAACAAACUCUAGUCGCUUCAAUCGCUCGUAUCGCUCUUGCUGCACAGAAGCGAUUCUCUGUCGCUUCAAUCGCGUCGCGGCCGAUGUAUUCGCCUGGUAAGAGUGGGUAUUGGUAGAACUCGGGUUUGGCUCAUGCGAGUGACCAAAGACUCUGCUGUCCUUUCUACUGACCUUUGAACUACUGUAUAUGCAUUCCAGAGAAUCAGCACCUUUUUCUCACGCACAAGUUGUUACACAAUCAGCACCUUUGGUCACAUGAGCACACAACAUGUAAAAUCUCAGUAAAUGUCCAUGAAUCUCUGAAAGAGAAUUCAAGACAUUAUCCAGUGGUAAUGCCACAUGAUCAUGCCUGUGUCUGUUUUUUUAUGCAUCAUGGGUUCCUGAUAACAAUCAACGUUCAUGUUGCUCCUGCUUUUAUAAAGAAUACAGAAAGAAAUGGCAACACAAAAUGGCUGGUCUCUGGAGUGCAGAUCUAGGUAUCUGGUAUUUAUGUCUCCUGUAUUUUUACUUGAACUGAAUAAGCAAGAGCUGCUCACCAAUGUUCUACGGCAAGUGAACAAUGUGACAUUUUUGAGAGAUGAAAGGACGUAGUCAUGGGACCAAUGGGCGUAAUUUUAGGUGUGGAUGGUGGGGACAUGUCCAUACCAGUUUGAGGUAAACCGAGCUUGUCCCCACCACUUUUUCAUAAAUAUAAUGCAAAAAAUAGCACACCGGGAGAAUUUACAAUAUUAAUGUCCCCACCACUUUCCAAGCCAAACCUACACCUCUGGCGGGAUGUUUCUGGUUUACUUACUGACCCAAAUUGAUGCCUGUAUUCACAAACAGUCCUCAAAAUACUGUAGAAGUAGCUCCAGUAGCGUCAUCCUAAACAUUUCUACAAUUGGUAUCAAUCGUAGAAGCUUUGAUCUGUACUUCCCUACUGACGGGCUGAGGCUAAGUUGGUGGGUGCCAGAGGGCACUCUAGCCAUCUCUAUGACUUUGGGUCAAGCUACUUGAAAAUAAGCUACUGUAUACAUCUCCUAACAGAACAGAGAAAUAAUAUGAAUAUGAGGCCACAACUUCUAUUAUGAGGUCUACCUGUACCAUAAUCAAGCACUGUACAUGUGUAAAAGUGCUUCCACUGGUUCACAUAUUAACAUGUUCACAAGGUGUUGAGAGUCUGAGAUCUCUAUGGACACCUUCACUCCGCUGGUGUGUGUGUGUGUGUGUGUGUGU